AUGGGUCUACUAUACGAUCUUUCGCACUCCAGGGACCCGUAUACGGAUGAUGUCUCAAUGGGCGACGAGAACGAAUCCAUACUUGCCCGUGCGCAGAGUAAGUGGACACCGAGCACUCAGACUCUCCGUUCGGAUUCCGAAUACUCUGACGAUGACGGGCCGAUGUCCGCGGUACCCAACGAAAACACGAGAGAUACAUCCAUGAGUGCAAAUGGAGCCUUUACGACCAAUAGCAGACUUAAUGCAGCCAUGCUCGAUAACAGUGGUGGGGGUGGCGCCGCACCUGACCUGUCAUGGUUGAGUGACGAUGAUGAAGAUUUGGGACUAGACAAUAUUAGCGAUUACGAACCCGAUGCAGUUAAUUUUGGAGCAGAUGAAGACCCUCUUGAAGACCCAGCCAUUCAAGGGAUUGGCGCUGGAGGUGCAAUAGUGGACUCGGGACUCAUGCAACCACCCUCGUUCGACCGGGAGGGUACUUUGCCAUCAGAAAAUGUUAGUACAAACGCGACAACUUCUCGAGAUAGUAUACAGAAAUCUGCUGCAACUGGUAGUAGCCAGCAGGAUCAGCCUGAUGAUUGGGCCGAUAAUUGGGAUGAUGAUGAUGAUGAUGGAUGGGGUGGUGAGGAAUUGGGCGACGAUGAUUUUGGCAUGGGCGAUUCCUUGGCGGAUUCUGUGCCAGUUCCGGCUCGGAAAGGUAAAGCCGAUUAGAUGAAGAGCGCAACAGAAUAGUAUAAUGACAUUUCUUUUUACGUGCAGAGCCACACAGUAAAAAUAUAUCACCAAGGUAAA